AAAUGGUGAUUCGCAAACGAAGGACCCACACGCCACAUGCUGUUUACAUGAGACUUAGCUGUGCCACCAGCACCUACUCAGCGAGUUAAGCUUUCCUACCGCGAUUUUAGCGUUUUUCUUGAAACUUUGACGUUCUUAUGAAGCUGUUCUCGUUCGACAGUGUCGCUUUUAAAUAUGAGUUGUCAGAUAACUUGUGUGGGUUGGGUCAGGCGGGGAGUUUCUAAAGAAACACCCGAUAAGGUGGAGCUGAGUAAAGAGGAGUUGCAGCGCAUUAUAUCUGAAGCUAAAGACCAGCUACAAGAGCAGGAUGAAGAUGCUGAAGAGGCCGAGGAGGAUGAGGGGAUAGCCAGCAGGCAGGAGCAGGGUGACGUCACUGAGGCUCAGGUGCACCUGACAGAAACCAACGAAAACCCAGCGGGGCAAGAGGAUGAUGAUGAGCUGGCAGAGUACGGCCUGGACAGAUAUGAUGAAGAGGACAUAGCCACAGCAAAUCUUGGUGACAGCUUGGCUGGUCUCACAGUGUUUGGCACGAAUGAGGAAGAUCCCUACAUCACCAUCAAAGACACGGACCAAUAUGAAAGGGAAGAUUUUCAUAUAAAGCCUAGUGACAAUCUAAUUGUUGCAGGCAGGGCAGAGAAAGACUACUGUAACCUGGAAAUCUAUGUAUAUAACGCCGAAGAGCAGUCCCUGUACGUCCACCAUGACAUCCUGCUGCCUGCGUACCCGCUUUGUGUCGAGUGGCUGAACUUUGACCCCAGUCCCGAGGAAAGGACCGGGAAUUACGUGGCUAUUGGUACCAUGACGCCCAUCAUUGACAUCUGGGACCUGGACGUGGUGGACUGCCUCGAACCCGUCUUCUCCCUGGGGAGUAAGAAACAUGCCAAGAGGAAGAAGAAAACCAAGAAGGCUGCUGCAGCUGAACCAGUGGAUGGUCAUACUGAUGCAGUUCUAGACCUGUCCUGGAACAGGCUCAUCCGGAACGUUCUGGCCAGUGGCUCUGCAGACAAUACCGUGAUCCUGUGGGACAUGGUAGAAGGCAAACCGGCCUCCACGUUAACUCGGCACAAAGACAAGGUUCAGACUCUGAAAUUCCACCCAUUUGAGGCACAGACGCUAAUUUCUGGAUCAUAUGAUAAGUCGGUCGUCUUGUACGACUGCCGAAGCCCACAGGAAAACCACCGUACCUGGAGGUUCAGCGGCCAGGUGGAGAGGGUCGUGUGGAAUCACUUCUCACCCUGCAACUUCUUGGCGAGCACGGAGGAUGGCUUUGUCUACUGCCUGGACGCACGGGCCGACAAGCCGGUUUUCACUCUCCGAGCUCAUGACGGAGAGGUGUCAGGCCUCGAGCUGAGCAGCCAGGUGAGGGGCUGCUUGGUCACCUCCUCAGCUGACAGGCACGUGAAAAUCUGGGACAUCCUGGGAAACAAACCCUCCCUGAUCCACACACGGGACAUGAAGAUGGGGGUCAUGUUCUGUGCGUGCUGCUCCCCCGAUCUGCCCUUUGUCUACGCUUUUGGGGGACAGAAGGAAGGCCUCCGUGUGUGGGACAUCAGUGAUGCCACCGCAGUGGCUGAGACCUUUGGUAGUCGGGAGCGGCUGGUGGUGAAGACGGAGGCGGAGACUGCAGGAGAGCCCAGCAACACGUCGAGCAUGGAUCUCACCUAGUGCCCCCCCCCCCCCCACCAACCCCCAUCCCAGACACACAGCGCCAUUCUGAAGAUGUGAAACGUGCUUGGUGUCAACAAAAAGACAAAGCUGCCACCUUUCAGGAGGAAAUGGGUUCUAAUAUCCAUCUUACUUUAUCUAUUUUAUCAAAUAGAUGAUCCUGUUGCAUCUUUUCAAUUGUAAUAUGGAUGAAGAAGACAAGUCAAUUAAAUAAGUUUUUUUUCCCUCCGUU